UGAAAAAGAGGGAGGAGGAUCACUCAAAGUCAAAACAGAGAAGAAGACGGUUUGCAUAAUUAUUGAUCUUUUAAUAUUGUGAUCGGGAUAUAUAACCAAUGCUUUGCUUUAAAAUAGCGUAUUCAUCAUGACUACUUUCAUGCAAAUGCUGUGCAAGAUUCGAUCUCCAAGACUAAACGUCUUCCGUCCUUGCUCGUCCUCGAAGUUCCAGAAAACACCAACCGCGCCAUGGCAAUGUACACGGUUCCGCACUUGCUCCAGUGCGGCAUCAAAAUCUUCAGAAACACCAUUCGUUCCCUUGGAAGGAGAUGUUGAUACAGGACAUGUGGAUUUCCAGACUAAUUUUGUACACAAUUAUCAGUUAAAUGAACAACUUCAGGAAAUUCUAGGCAUUGUGCAUGCUGGAGGUGGAGAAAAAUCUAUGAAAAAACACACAGAGUUGAACAAGAAAAUAUUUGUGAGAGACAGAUUAAGACUUCUUUUGGAUGACUACGAUAAUGAAUUCCUUGAACUCUCUUCUUUAGCUGGGUGGGAUAUGGAGUACGGGAGAAUUCCAGCUGCAAGCAACGUUUGUGGUAUUGGGAAAGUGAGGGGUACAUGGUGUUCGGUGUCUGCAUCAGAUGCCACCAUCAAGGGAGGAACAAGCUAUCCUAUCACGGUCAAGAAGCAGCUCAGAAUGCAGGAGAUUUGUCAGCAGAAUUCCCUUCCUGCGAUCUACAUCAUCGACAGUGGCGGAGCAUUUUUACCGUUGCAGUCUGAAAUUUUUCCAGAUAAGAAUCACGGUGGCAGGGUCUUCUACAAUGAAGCAAUCCUCUCAGCUCAAGGAAUAUCCCAGAUUGCAAUAGUGUGUGGUUCCUGCACCGCUGGUGGUGCAUAUGUACCCACCAUGGCAGAUGAGGCCAUCAUCAUGCACAAGAUCGGUACCAUCUUCCUGGCUGGACCACCAUUGGUCCAUGCAGCAACGGGUGAGAGGGUGUCGGCCGAGGAUCUCGGUGGAGCAACGUUACACUGCAGAGUAAGCGGAUGCACGGAUCACUUUGCAUCCACCGAGGAGGAGGGGUUCACCAUGGGAAGGGACUCCAUCUCUACCCUCAACGUCACCCCGCCCUCGGACCCCACCCAGUGGAAUGAACCUCUCUACAGCCAAGAUGAGCUGCUUGGGCUGGUCAGCAAGACAGGAGAGGUCAAAGGUCAAAUGAGAAAGAUCUUAGCGAGAUUAGUGGAUGGGAGCAGAUUCCACGAGUUCAAAAAACUUUAUGGACCUACUCUCAUUACCGGAUUUGCCUUUGUGAGGGGACACCUUGUGGGAAUCACAGCAAACGACGGUGAGCUGUCCCACGAUGCCGCCACCAAGGGGGCGCACUUCGCAGAGCUUUGCCAGCAUCGUAACAUCCCCCUCAUCUUCCUGCAGUCGGUGUCCGAGGACGAGAGCUGGGCCAAGGGUGACCACGAGCUGAUGGGCGAGACCAUCAAGGCAAGGGCCAAAAUGGCUGCUGUGGUGGCCUGCAUGACGGUGCCCAAGAUCACGGUCAUGGUGGGAAGCAGCUAUGGCUCAAGUAGCUUCGCUAUGUGCAGUAGCUCCUUUGACCCUCGCUUUGUAUUCAUGUGGCCGAAUGCGAGAGUAGGACUCCAGCAUCCAGAAGAGAUGGCAACACUUGCUGCUCAGGAGUCUGGGAAGCCUGAAGAUGAAGAAAAACUAAGAGAAAAAUUCCAGAAACAGUCUACUGCCGUCUUUGCCUCAAGCAGAAUGUGGAACGAUGGGGUCAUUGCACCAGAAGAUACCAGAAAUGUUUUGAGCCAAUGCCUGAGCAUCGUUUCCCAACAAGCUUGCAAUCAGCCAUUUGCCUAUCAGAACAGAGCUGUGCUUCGAAUGUGA